GAUAAGGAUGAAAUCAACUGGAAAUGAAGCAGAGAAUAACAGCACGAUGGAACAACUGCUUCAAAACAGUGACAUGGUUGAAAUCAGAGUCGAUAAGGUGACAAGUGGAGGAUUCUUCUAUGUUCGAAUUUUAUCACCUGCGGAGCGAGCACACCAGACUAACUUCAAGGAAUUACACCUGACACCACAACAAGAGGAUGAACACUGUCGGGCUCUUGAUGAGUACGCUGCUUUCAACUUCAUCUCUCUUCCUGCGGCUGAUCCCGAUAAGCUGCUAAAGCAGCUUGUCUUCUUCAAGAGUAGAGAUCAGAAAUACUAUCGAGGUAUCGUAGAGAAAAGAAAAGACAUUGCAGAGAAAAGAAAAGAUAGCAACAUUCAACUUUUUCAUAUCAGAAAUAUAGAUACAAGGUCAAUGAUUAUCAACAUUCCUUUAUCUGAUAUCCGGCUGCUCCCGGAGAAGUUUGGGAUAAAACGCUGGCCUCCAAAAAUACUACAGUUCCAGUUAACGCAGGUGAAGCCAGUAACAUUAAAGAUGAAAGACGGGAUGAUAGCAAAAGAAAAGGAGGACACUGAAACAUGGGACACUGCUGCAAUCAACUUUAUCAAGCAGUCCAUCAAAUUAGCGAUAGUGGUCUGCAAGAUCUGCAGUAUGAAUCCUGUUACAGGGGUGUAUGACGUCAUGAUGUACAAGCAGAAAACCGUCAGUGAAAAGGCUGUUUGUAUAAAUGAGGAAGUGAUAGUGAAAGGCUUUGCCCGGAAGUCCUUACCAGGAGAAGAGGCGUCAUCAGCCAGACCAACCCAAGGUCCUGACUUCUCACCGACUACAGGAAGCAUUUCAACAGCCAACAUAUCAGCAGACUCACGGAGAAACAGGAGUCCGGCAGGAAACAAUACAGAUGCUAGUGUUGGGGGAGGCUCUGACAGAGCUAGAGGACGAGAUAUUGUUGGGAGAGAUUCUCCUAGAUCGGGAGCCCUGCCUCAAUUCAACCUAAAUGCUCACAAGCGUUCGCCUCAAGCCUGUCCACUGAUAUUAGGUUGUGAAGACUUGCAACCAGUUAACAGUAUAGAGAGUUGCAACUUCGAGAAGAAAAUCAAAGAACAGUACAUCAGAGGCCGGGGAAAGUCCCAUACGGAUCUUAGCUUGAUUCAGAGAUACGGCUGGCCUUUCUUUGAAAAAGGUAGAGACGGGGUGUUGGUGUUCCCUCCAGACAACACACUGCGAACUGAACUCACUUUUCUGCUUCCCCUGCUUAGCAACAUCGCUAAGGGAACAUAUGGUACAUUCCCACGAUCUUACUCCCCCAAGAUAUUGAUCAUCGUACCAUCCUGUGAGGACGCUGAUCUGCUUAUGAAUUACUGUAGAGAGUCCCUGGACGAGUCUAUGAAAUUUUCUCUAAGUGUCCAUAAAGCGUAUACCUUGUCCAAAUGCUGUCCUCAUGCAGAGUUGUGGAACACUCAGACCAUCUUGAUUGUAACUCCUGACAGCCUGGUUAAAACACACACCGAACACAUUCCUUCUGACGGCAAGAGUAUUUACUACAACUGCACCUGUCACGUGGUGUUACAUAAGUCACAUGAUCUAUUUACUCGACAUAGAGAGAGCAUGCAACAGAUAUUAGCAGGGUUGAGGGAGGAGAGGAGUGAACAGGAAUACGCACACGCGUGUCAGAUCACACUUUUUUCGGACGUGUGGUUACCAGUGUUCCACGCUGUGAUCAGACAGUUCAUGACGGAUCCUAUCAUCAUGUUGCUGAACAGAACAGAGGCUGCCCUCUUUGGGGGCGUCACUUCCUACGUUGAAGAAUUCUCCAGUGCAGCUUCCAAAAGAGAUUCUUUUAUAUCUACGACAAGAAAGUUAUGUGAUAAGAAGAAGAAAACUGCUAUCCUUGUAAAAUCUCGCUCUGAAGACUUGGUGCAGGUACUAAAAAGUAAAGCUGUGCCAUGCACCGAAUUAGAUACAAAUGGUUCACAGCUCCAAAACUGGUCUCCUGGUAGCGCUAUGGUUAUUAACGACGUGAUGGCUGCGAGCUACUGUGUACAAGACUGUGAUGUGAUUCUGCACUAUGAUAUGCCUGGCAGCUUGACUGCCUUCAACAACCGGCUGUCCUUCUUAGAGUCCCAUCUGAAGGGGCUUCUUACAGCUCAGGAUUGUCUGUCCAUCUUCUUCCUAACGGAGGAUGAGGAUCCACAAAGUGUAAACAAUCUGGUCAAGUAUCUGAGUAGACACAGUGUUACCGUACCGAAGAGUCUUCAAGAAAAAGCUGACAGGGGCGAGAACAUAAGACAGAAAGAGAAGUCAGGAAAAGAUCUGUGCCCCUAUCUGCGGCAGUACGGUUCCUGCACUGCACGUGCUUGUUCGAUGAGACACGUGGUCCUCGUCACAGACGCUCCCGGAUCCAGUCUCAAAGUUAUGAACCUCCCGCUCAAAGGCAAAAUCAGGGUGAAAGUAAGCUCGGUAGCAGAUGGGAACAGGCUCUACGGUAGAAUAAUGUCAGUUGAUCCUGAUCCAGGUAGUUGUUCUAAUGCUGAGGAGGAGUUCCAGAGAUACAGUGAUAAAGUCCAGGGCUGGUUCAAUGACAAACCUUCCCUUAUCGACGAGGACCAACUACGAGAAAAUCUUAAGCGAGGAAAAGAGGUUAUAGUGGGAGUGAAAGACAAGAAGGACGGGAUAUUUUACAGAGCACGUGUCAAGUCGAUCCGUUACAAUGCGGACCGAGAAGGAAAGCUAGACGGUAUAAUUGGUCAGUGCCUGGACACCGGCUCAGAAGGACUCUACCCGCUGGAAGCUGUGUACCGUUUCCCUGCUCGGCUAGCUGAACGUCCUGCCUUUACCACUGAGCUUAUCGUGUGCGGGAUAAAACCAACCGAGAAUGAUCUACAUUUCUCCAGUUAUUGUAAGAGAGAGUUGGUUGGUAGGGUGGUGGGGGAAGUGCUGGAGGGUAACAUCGAGCUAGCUCUCGGCAACACUCUCUGGGUCAGAACACUUGAGAAAAGGCAGCUGUUGAAGAACUUGAAACUUAUGUCAUCCGAGCUUAGUGUUAAAAAGGUCAUCUCUGACCACAUGUUUGGUGUGUCCAAUGAUGAGCACAUAAAACUGCUACGAGCAGCUGUAAGAGAAGCACUUCCAGACGAGGUACCAGAUGAGAUCAGUGACGUCACGAUAUCACGUGUCACUGUAGAUAAGAGUUCACAGCACGUGGUGUGUGUCUCUCAUAUAGAGUCUCCUCACAACCUUAACGUUAAUAUCGUCGAAAACAUGGCCAGUUUGGCAGACAUGGAGGACCGGAUUAAUAACAACAAACUCUUAGACAGUAUACUACCCAGCUGGUUACCAAAACACACUUAUUGUAUGGCGAGAUACAGCAAGGAUAACCGCUGGUACAGAGCAGAGGUAUUGAAAACGUGGCACGACAAGUACCACGUGUAUUUUGUAGACUACGGUAACGAAGAUAAAGCUGUUCCUUCUAACUUCGUCAAGACUAUACCGUCUCAUCUUUUAGAGUUGCCGUUCCAAGCAGUGCGGUGUAAACUAGCAGAUAUCAGCCCCAUAACAGAGUACUGGAAUCCAGCAGACCAGCAGGUUAUGUCUGAGGUUACAGAGGGGGAGGACUUCUAUCUGGAGCUCAUGGAGGGACCAGAUGAUGAUAAUCUGUACACAGUAAAGUUGAGUUACACAGACGAUGGAGCUAGUCUUGUGGACAUUCUCUGUAGAGAGCCAGCUGGUAUGAACUCCUCUCAUAUCAAGAACAGUGUUUUUGGGGACCUCAUGGAAACGUUGUACAAGAGCAAGGAGGAUUACCUCUCGUUGUGUUCAGCUGAUAAACUCGAGUCUCAGAUAACAUCACCUGACUCAAGGAUCACGCCAUCUGAUCUGGUGACUCUAUGUAGACUCACUAAAAUUAGAAAUCAGGACCAGGACAUCCUGGAUCAUCUCAUAAGAUCUCUCACUCAUGUAAUCUCAAAAUCAGAUGGCUGGAGUAACGAAGUGGUACAAGAAGUGUUUCUAGGACCUCUAAUAGACAAGCUAGCAUCUCCCUCAGCCUUACACGCUGCUGUGGCUAACCUUAUAUCAGCCAUCGGCACAGAUACAGAGGUGUUUAAUCACUGUAUCUUGGAGACCAAGUGUAUAGUGUCCCUCUGUGAGCUGUGUGUCUACAAAGCGGACCAGACCCCUAAGUUACUGGCAGUGUUACAUGCCAUUGAAACGUUAGCUACUGCUAUCACGGUGGGAGAGGGAGGAGCUACUGCUAUAACGGUGGGAGAGGGAGGAGGGGACGCGUUAAAGGGAUCUGACUACAUUCGCAAGGAGAUUGUUGCUACCGGACAUGUUCGAACAUUAUGCAAGUUCGUCCGAGAAUCUUCGGAUGAGUGUCUGGAGAAAGUACUGAUCGUAUUAGCAAGGAUAUUUGAAGUCGAGAAAACUUCCAGCAGUCAGCGUAUAUACAGAGGCUUCAAAGAGGAAGGGGGUAUUAUAGAUGUUUGUAAAGCUACUAGAAGGACAAACUCUACUGCUAUCAUUGAUAUCGUCAACUCACUCGAUCUGGAUAGACCAGAGACAUUAACUAUUCUGAAGAAAGAAGGUCUGGCUGAAUGGUUUAAAGCUCUGAGAGAAAAGAGAAGAGAUUUUGGGACACGUAUUGCGUGUGAUCAGUUCUACAAACGUAUUUCAUCUCACAAGAUAGAAGAGGAAGAUGAUCUGGCACUGAACGAUCCCCCGCCCCCAGUCAUGACCCGGGCUCCUAUUACAACACCUAUUGAUCAGCCAACAGAGGUUAAAGGAGGUAUUGGACUGGACAGCAUCACAAAACAACCUUUAGUUUUAUGGCACCAGAGAAAGAGGAAAGUUGGCAUCAGUAUUCAGAUUAAGGAUGUGGGGAAGUACAAGAUGUUGCUUAUUGGGGAUAAAACACUAGAGUUCUCUACUUGGAACUCAGGAUUUCUCUUCAAGUUCAAAUACGAUCUGUUCGCUGAAGUGAAGGAUAUGAAGGUUUCUGCAAACAAUUCAGAAGUGCGAGCCACACUCACGAAGAUGGAGCCUGUAAAAUGGAAAGGGUUACUGCAGAACGGUGCUAAGAAGGGAACUAUUAAAUUAGAUUUCAGUAGAGCUGUAGACUCAGACGAUGAAACUGAUAGCGAGGAAGAGGAGACAGUGAUGCCUCCUCCACUACCAAUAGCAGAGAACGUUGAGAUCUGUAUUGGAGAGGAGCCGAGUUCUGAGGAGUAUCUUACCGAAGAAGAAGAGAUCGGAGACGACUAUACGAAGUCUUUCUUCAACGAGAUCAACUAUGAUGCUAACUCUGAUGACAUGGAUGGCUUGGAGUAGUGAAAUAGUUGGGAUAAUUGUAGCAAUAUUGUUACGAGUUUUACAUGUUUUUAAUCAAUUUUUAUAGGUUUUAUUUGAAGGUAUUUUUAUUUGCUGAUUAUUUUAAUGGUCAUAGUAUUUUAUUGUAAUUGAUUUUCGAACAUUUUAUUCUUGUUGAUAUUCCUGAGACAAUUUUUAUUUAUGUUGGAUGAGUUUCAAAGAUUCCUAGACAUUUUGUUAACUUAAAUUAUAGUUGACCAAUCUAGUUUAUUCCUAGAUAGGUUCUAAAAAUAACCGCAUUUUAGUUAGAAUCGCGACCGCUGAGAUAAUCCUCUUAAUUCAGGACUCACCAGAACUUGAAGUUUGGGUUUAUUUCUGUUUUAACUUUUAAAAGACCUGAUAUUCCUGAAAUUAAUCUAGAUCCAUUUUUGGAUUUUUCUCUUGUAGAAUGCUUUUUUAUCAUUCUCAAAUAUUUUUUGAUUUAAUGUUAUGAUAAUAUCGUAGUAAAUUUUUCAAUAAUUGUGUUACAAAUUCGAUCAGUUUCACAAUACAAUUUAACUAGUUCAAUAGA